UGAUUUCUCGAAACAGUAAGAUAGCGAAUGAGUUUAUAUAUCUAAGGCGUUUACAUUUGAAACGGUGUAUUGUAUUAAUUGUAAUUAGUAUAAAUAAUUAAUUCUACAAACUACGCACAACUUUAAUAUACUUAGCUGAAUUACAGUUGACGGUUUAUUUUAUGACUGUUUUGGAAUAAAAAUUAAUUAAACGGAUAUCGUCAACUGUUUAAAAAUAAUCGUCAAAAGCGUAUUAUUUUGAUGUUUUUCGGAUUUCUUCAACAAUUUCAGUUGCAUUUAAAGAAAUUUCUGUUACGUGACAUAGAAAUUAAAAUGACACAACAAAAGCUUUCAAUAUUUGUGAAAUUUAUGUUAAUUGUUACAAUAGCUUUUUUCGCUGCUAUCAAUGCCGAAGAUAACGUUGCAAUUACUUAUAAUUUGCCAAACAAUAUAGUACCGCAUUAUGACGUCAAAUUAAUAUUUGAUUUCGAUGAAAAGAUUUUAGUGGGCGAUUGCAAUAUUACUAUUUUUAUUGAAAGUCUAACAACAAAUUUAACUAUACCUUCAGGGAUUUUUUCCAUACUUAAUGUUGUUUUAAUUGACCAUUUUUAUGAAAGAAGAAUUUAUAUUUCAAAGUAUUGGAUCAUCAAUAAACCGCAUGUGCUUAUUAUUGAUUUUACUAACGUAAAAUCGCCAAAAAAGCAUCCACAGUUUUUGAUACCUGGGAAAUAUACUUUAACAAUAACAUAUAUACAUCACAUAAAUGAUAACACAAAUGACUUCUCUGAAACUUUAUUUCAAAACCAAGAUGAAAUGUUGACUGCAAUAAAAAAUAAUGAUAAUGAUAAUACGAUGCAUGAAAUAAUGAUAGCUCGACAAUUAUUCCCGUGUUGGGAUGAGCCAGAAUUGAAAGCCACCUUCAAAAUUUCCAUCAAGCAUCAUAGAAAAUACACAGCUGUAUCAAAUGCACCAAUACAAAAAAUAAAACUAGAUGAAAAUGACAUGAUGUGGACGCACUUUAAAAAUUCAUCUUUCAUACCCGUUCAACGUUUAAGAGUUAUAAUAUCCACGUUCACUGCAAUUUCUAUAUAUGCAAACGUCACAUUUUGGUGUGGAAGUAACAUGACACAAUAUAUAUAUUUUGCGAUGAACGUUGCCGAACGAGCCUUAAAUUUUUUCAAAAAACAAAGUACGAUAGAAAUACCAGAAAUGAAUUAUCUUGUAUUUUCGGAUGUUGAAUACAGCAGCUUUGAAACACGGAAUUUCAUUUUUCAAAGGAAGGAAUAUGUUACAUACAACGAACAAUUGCAUCCUCAUAGGCGUAAAAUAGAAGUGGCACAGUUAAUAGUUCGUCAAAUGGCAUUUGUUUGUUUUGGCGAUGCAUUUUUAUGGACAAAAAAUGGUUUUGCUACAUUUUUUGAACUGUAUAUUUUGAAUGAGAUUUUUCCAGAAUAUCGCCCAAUGGAUUUAUUUGUCGUGGAAAGACAACAGGAACUUUUCCGGCUCCAUACUUUUUCUAAUAUGUAUUCUUUUAGAUUAAACAUUCAUGAAAUUGAUACACUUAGGUUUUUUUCAUAUUAUUCAAAAAUAUUAGUUAUAUGGCGCAUGUUAUAUCAUAUAAUGACUCGUAAUGUAUUUUGGAUUGGUAUCAACACGUAUGUAAACAUGCAGAAUAAUCUGACAGACGCGACAGAUACUGAUGGUAAAUUUAAUAUUACAUCGGCAUUUUUGGCUGCUAUGCACAAGGCUCUAAAUGUAACGAAUAGCACACUCAAUAUAAUAGAUUUUCGCGAUUCUUGGUUAACAGAAGCACAUUAUCCCAUACUGCAUGUGGCAAGAAAUUAUAUCUAUAACAUAACAAUAAUCUCGUAUACUAAUUAUCAUCGUGCAUUACUUAAUGACAAUAGAUUAUUUUCAAUAUAUGUGACAUAUACGUCGGAAUCAAUUAUGAACUUUGAGACAUUAAAUGUCAAAGAAUUCGUCUGGCUAACUCCAAUAACACCGCAUUAUUAUGUACCUAAGAUUGACAAUAAGGAUUGGAUUAUAGUCAAUUUACAACAAACUGGAUACUAUCGCGUCAAUUAUGAUGAGGAUAACUGGAAAAAACUUGCAAACUAUUUAUAUGAAAAUCAUGCCAAUAUACAUGUUCUCAAUCGAGCCCAAAUCAUCGAUGAUGCAUUUUAUUUUGUUCAGCAAAGAGAACUCAAUCUUACCAUGUUUUGGAGUAUUACAAAUUAUCUAUAUAAAGAUACGGACUAUGUAGCAUGGUAUCCUAUGAUUAAAGUUAUUGAAUAUAUGACGUGUGUUUGGGCACUUCCAGAUGAUAUAAUUAAGAAUAUUAGCGAAAUAUUCCGUCAACUUCUGCUGAGGUUAAAAUACAGUGACGAAAUAUAUGACAGGGAGUUAACUAGACGUUUAAGAGAAGAAUCGAUAAAAUGGGCAUGUGUUCUCAAUGCACCGGAAUGUAGAAUAAUAGCCAACUUACAAUUAAAAAAACAUAUUGAAAGUAGAAGUACAUAUUCUGUACAAGACAAACUUGGACAGAAUUGGAAAGAAUGGAUAUACUGUAAAGGUUUAAUGACAGCAAAUAAUAGUAUUUGGCUCAUGGUGUUUCAUGAAUGGAAUGCAACAUCCGACAAUACAAUUUUAGAAUACUUAACUUGCUCUACAAAUCCUGAUGUUAUUAAAAGUUAUUUGUCAUUAGUAAAGAGUAAUGUUUCUUAUUUAAGAGUAACAAACAGUAAAAUGAACAUUAAUAUUAUUCUCCUUAUUAUUGCCAAACAUGCAAGAAAUGAUAUAGUACUUGAUUAUAUAUUGAAUCAUUUAGAAUUCUUCGACUUAAGUGGAAAAAGGCAUGUUGACGAAAUUGCCGUAUUAAUUGUUAUCAUAACGCACGAGCAUGAUGUUGAACAAUUCAAAAAGGUAAUUAAAUUCGUCAAAAAUAGUUUGAAUAAAUAUUUAAUUAAUCCUGUCGAACAAAAAAUCAAAAAUCGAGAAAUGGAAUACAAUAGAAAAGUCGACAGAUACAAGUUUCUCAGUCUAGACACGUUCUAAUGAUGCAAUAAAAGCCAAAUAUUUAAAUUGAUAGAAGAUAAUAAUUUUACUUGUUUCUCGCAAGCAUUCAUAUAUUAAUCGUUC